CCGGUGCUCCUCUGUCAGUUUCGAGUGGCACUGAGAAAAUUUCGGACUAUGCUGUUGACGCACUCCACAGUCCCACAUCCACUCGGGCAGACGCGGUUUCCAGACGAACAGCUGUACUUGGAACCACAUUAGUUUUUAUAGCUACAGCAUUUCAAUAUAUCUCAAGAUGCCAAGUUUGGUAUUAUUUUUAUAUUUACUUCAAGGACUGAAUCAUUUUAUUGCCGCGCAACAAGCUGCGCCCUGGAGAAACCGGAUCCAGUGGGUGAAUAACGGUCAGGUGUUUAGUUUAAUGAGCACCGGGUCUGAGUAUCACGCACCGGUACCGUCCAGGACACAGUCCAGGGUUAAUCUGAGCAGCAAUCGAGGCAGGACGAUGCAAAUCCGAGUGGGGGCAUCCAAUACUGUGGCUGAGAGACCCACUAAUAGCGCGUCGGACAGCGGGACAACCGCGCUUCUGGGUCCGGACAGCAUGCACUUUAUAGUGGCCAACAGCCGCGCACCAGGUGCCCGUCAAGUGCAGAUGCGUCAGAGAGCCAGAGGUCCUCCAGGAACCAGAGUUAAUGGUACCAUGCUAUCUGAAUACUCAGGCGGAGGUGUCCCUGGAAGAAGCCCAGCACGGCGAGAAAAUAACGCGCGGAGAGCGCCAGCUUUUGCCAAUAUUCAACAGCUGGUUGCGCCCACGGAGAAUUCCAACACCUUUUCAAACACCUAUAACGGACACCACAAUGAUGCGAGUGCCUCCAGAACGCCCGAGCAGGGAACAACACCUGACAAUAUGCCAGGAGAUGACCCACGAAACAGGAAUACGGUUUUCUACAACAUUUAUCAACCCGGUGGAAGGAACAACAUCCCCCGCCGCCCUCCGCCGGGCACCGGGUACGGCACCAGAUAUUUCCACAACGGUCUUCCAGACCUUGUUGCAGACCCGUAUUCUAUCCAGGCGGGCUCGUAUAUCCAGCGCGUACAGAUGUACGCGCUCCGCUGCGCGGCUGAGGAAAACUGCCUGUCGCGGUCAGCAUACAGGCCGGCAGUGAGAGAUAUUGACUACAGAGUUCUUCUCCGGUUUCCACAAAAAGUCAGAAACAUGGGAACAACUGACUUUCUGCCAGUCAAACCCAGACAUGAGUGGGAGUGGCACAGCUGUCAUCAGCACUAUCACAGCAUGGACGCGUUCAGUCACUACGAUCUCCUGGACAUCAACACUGGACUAAAGGUCGCUGAAGGACAUAAAGCGAGCUUCUGUCUGGAGGACACUGGCUGUGAUCCCGGCUUUCAUCGCAGAUACGCCUGCACUACACACACGCAGGGAUUGAGUCCAGGUUGCCAUGACACUUAUGCAGCCAAUAUUGACUGCCAGUGGAUCGACAUCACAGAUGUUCCUCCAGGAAACUACAUUCUUAAGGUCACAGUCAAUCCAAACUUCCUGGUGCCCGAGUCUGACUUCUCUAAUAAUGUCGUGCGAUGUGAGGUCAUUUACUCUGGCCAUUUCAUCCAAACACGAAAUUGCAGAAUAACUGGGAAUUAAAGACAUCGGAUCAUGUUAAUGUGUUAGCGUACAUUUUAAAGGCCUAUAUAAUAGGUAAUAAUUUAAUUGAAAAGUUUCUCAGUAACUUGAAACGUUCCAUGCAAUUGAAGACAAAUGUACUGUACUGUCUCUAUUUCUACAAUAAUUACAUUUCUUGCCUAGUAUGUAUGUUUGUAUCCUAUUGCUUUUAAACGUUUGUAUUUAUUGCAUAGAGUAUUAUAAAUAUAUAUAAUGUCCAUUAAACUAAGAUAAUGUUCAUUUGGACGUUCCACUUGAUUUUGAGUUCAUAGUGGUUGAGCGUAUUUCUCCAGUUCAGACCACUUGUGUAAAAUUUACAUUUGAAAUACUCUUAAGAGUUGAUACUCCAAAUUCUGGGCCAAUAUUUCUGUAUCUUAAAAAGCUUUGUGAAUAUGCAAUAUGUCGAGUUUUACUGUGUUCACUGUCUGCCUUUUUCCUUUGCCAUGAUUAUCAUAUUCGUACCAUGAAUCCUGGACUUGGAUGGACGAAGCCGUUUGGCUUGAUAUACAAUAAACAAAACAAAUAGAGUGAAUGUAAUACAGAAAUGAAUUGUG